AUGCUCUCCUGGCUUCAGACUCUGAGUAGUAAAAGAACAAGGUCAGAAUCAGAGGACUCGCUGGCUGACACCCCACCAAGCCAGAAUGAUAUCGCUGCAGGUCAGACGCAAGCUAAUGAAAGCUGCACUAGUGCCGCAGCCGCGGACGACGGCACUUUUGGCGACGACGAGGACGAGAAUGACACCAUUUCUACCGAUGACAACAGCCGCGUUAGCGAGCAUGAGUGGCCAGAAUCUCGCCUCUCCCCCACUCUGGCUCUAGUGUCCUCGCUGCUGGAGGGAUGGUGGCUGAGACUCAGCGGAGUGGAGGUUCCAAAGAGGGAGAGAGGAGAGAGAAAGAACAAGCUCAGGAAGAACCAGCUGAGUAACAGGAGUCUGGUGGAGCAGCAGAAGAACAAUUUUGGACUCAGCUCAACCACUACAGAGGAGACAAUGACUUCAACACAGAAGGACCAACAUGGAGCGAGAAGUCAGCGCUCUCAGGAGGCUGACAAACCUCACAGAAGAAAGGGAGAGAAAACCUUCAGCUGUGAUGAGUGUGGGAAGAAUUUUACCCAGACUGGAAGCUUAAAAAGACACCAACUCAUCCACAGUGGAGUUAAACCUCACAGCUGUGAUGUGUGUGGGAAGGAUUUUACCGAGGCUGGAGCUUUAAAAACACACCAACUCAUCCACAGUGGAGUUAAACCUUACAGCUGUGAUUUGUGUGUAAAGUCCUUUACCCAGGCUGGACACUUAAAAAGACACCAACUCAUCCACAGUGGAGUUAAAGCGUACAGCUGUGAUUUGUGUAGAAAGUCUUUUACCCAGGCUGGGCACUUAAAAAAACACCAACUCAUCCACAGUGGAGUUAAAGCGUACAUCUGUGAUUUGUGUGGAAAGUCUUUUACCGAGGCUGGAAGUUUAAAAAAACACCAACUCAUCCACAGUGGAGUUAAACCUUACAGCUGUGAUUUGUGUGGAAAGUCAUUUACCCAGGCUGGAGGUUUAAAAAAACACCAACUCUUCCACAGUGGAGUUAAACCUUACAGCUGUGAUUUGUGUGGAAAGUUCUUUACCCAGGCUGGAGGUUUAAAAAAACACCAACUCAUUCACAGUGGAUUUAAAGCACACAGCUGUGAGUUGUGUGGUAAGGGUUUUGCUCAAAAUGGCGACUUACAGAGGCAUCUAGUUACCCACUCUGGAAUUAAGGCGUACAGCUGCGACUUUUGUGGAAAAAGUUUCAGCGACAAACACUACCGAAAUUGUCACCUACGGAUUCACACUGGAAAUGAUGUUUAUUGCUGUGAUCAGUGUGGGAAACUGUUUUCAACAAAUGCUCAGUUAAAAAUACACACGUUUAGCCACACUGAGGAGAGACCUUAUGAAUGUGACCUGUGUGAGAAGACUUUUAAAUCUUCAAAUCAGCUGAAUAUCCACCAACAGAUCCACACCAGAAAGUAACUCUACAAGUGCAGUUACUGUGAGGAUGUAUUUAUUUUUAUCUUGUAAUUGUAACCUGAUUGUUUGGAAAAAGUCUGAUCAGUAAACCUAUGGAGUUAUACUGAAUGAACUGUUUGGAAAAAUGAAGAAGUAACCUGAGUUUUAUAGUGUAAACAGUAAAAUGUAAUUGGACGUUGUCAGAGAUGCUCUUUAUUUCAGGCGACGUUCAGGAUAAAAAUGUUGAAGGAAUUCCCUGAUUUACCCUGUCUUUGUUUAGAAGUGGAGCAAAGCACAUGGAUCCAUUUCUCAACCCUGUUGUCACUGUGGUGGUGGGAAAGAGUUUUUCUGUGACCUUUGUGGAAAAACUUCAAUCAUCAACAGGACCUAAAACCACAUCAACGUAGACACACUGGAGACAAAAUGAACUACUGCAAAGAAUGUGGGAGAGGCUUCCACACACCAAGUACAUUAAAAAUACAUGAACUCUUCCACAGUGGGGUCAAAAAGCACAUAUGUGACCAGUCUGGGUCAUGCUUCACCUCUGCACAUGAGCUCAAUGAAAAAGCAUAAGGGAAUCCACACAGGAGAGACACCAUACAAGUGCAGACACUGUGACAAAAGCUUCUCACAAUCAGGUCAUUGUAACAAACAUGAAUGUACACACAUGGAAGUGAACUUCAGCUGUGACCAGUGUGACAAGAGCUUCAGGAAUCUCAGUUCAUACUCUGAACACAAACGAUUCCACGCUGUAAACAAGGGCGUAGAUUUGGUUUUGGCAUUGGUGGGGACGGAUGAUUCAACCACUGAACCCUGCGCUGUUUCUUUUUUUUUUUUUUCCUUUUUGUCUUUGCUUCUUGAUAAAAAGAGGAGAAAUAUAUUUGCCUACAUAUGCUAUUCCACAUGCUUUUAAACCAUUUAAAAUUACAAUUCAUAGUUUUAUAUGUGAAUUAUAUAAUGUUAAAUUACUAUUAAAUAAAUGACUGAUUUUAGACUUUAGUUUACUUCAGCCAUAUUCCAUAUAAAUCAGGUAUCAUACAAAAAUAAAAAAGCUUCAAAUACAUUCAUGACAAUAAAAGAAUAUGUCUUUAAGGACUUAACAACAUUACUUCAGUUAUAGUACACCAACAUCUCUUACACAUUAGCACUAAGGGAACACUGAAUGACCUGGUGGGUUUUGUCCAUAAAACUACUCAUCUAAGAUUACCACAAAGUAAAAGAUCUCUCAGCAAAAUUAUGCAACAUUUUAGGCACUAUUGCCCCGAUCAAAUCAGUGAGCUGGGAUGUUUUAUUCUAAACAUGAACUACUGUUACAGCAACAGACAUGGACUACUGGUGCCCCACACAACAACUCAAUGUCCACUAUGUGAAGGAGUCUAUACUAUACUGUCCUGGUGGACAUGGCAACACUUUUUUCAUGGUUACAUACAGUUUUAGACUGAUGUGGGCCAAAGCCUAGCACAUACCUGCCAACCUUGAGACCUGAGAAUUAGGGAGACAUUCAAAGGGAUUUUUACAGUGUUUACUUAUCGGAAAAAAAUGAGUUAAAUGUCACCGGCCUGUUCCGGGGGUGUCCAAAUUCAGAGGCUGCGUCCACCUGAGGACCCGGCCUUCGCGGUCUAAGUGGGCCGGGUCCUCCGAAAGCCGGGUAGACCGGAAAUAAGCGACUGUGAAAUUGGGGGGUCUAGCCUUCAUAAUUACGUCACCUCUGCCGUCUGCUCCUUGCUGUCUAAAUAAAAUAAACCAUAACCGGACGCUUGCGUAGAUUCUCCACCAUCUCACAUUUCUGUUUAAUCAGUUUUCUGUUUGACAUUUAUUCAGCUGUGUGAAAACCCCGGAGGAACCCUCCCGAGGGAUUAAUAAAGUUUUAUUUAAUCUAAUCUAAUCUAAUAACUUUAAUCUCAGCCAAACCGAUUUACUCACGAACAAAUAAAACACUGAAAAAGGCCAAACAAUAGCAUGUUUAAGUUAUUUGAAGUUUACACAGCUACAUUCUCGCCUGGAAAUAUGUUCAAAGUUUAUUUCGCGACCCAGAAAGAGUAAUAAGAGUAAUAUUAAUACUAAGUAGCUGCAGUAGUAGCAGCUAUUGUUGGAAACAGGAAUUGGCUGGGUCAAUCUAGGAUAUGGUUUUUCAAUUUUGUUGUCCAGGUGGAAAAUCGGGAGAAAUUGGGGAGAAUGGUGGCUUCGGGAGAUUUUCGGGAGGGGCACUGAAAUUCGGGAUUCUCCCGGAAAAAUCGGGAGGGUUGGCAUGUAUGGCCUGGUAUUGCCUGUAACGUUAUUAUGACGGACACAUUUUAUGAGUGAACUUGACUUUAAGUGACUUACAGGUUUCUUUGAAAAAUACUUUCUUAUAUCCAGGUUCUUCCAUUUUGUUGCCGUCCUCCUCUCCUCCUCGCAGGUCCUCGCAGCGCAGGAUUGCCGCUCCUAAACCUAAACAGAGCUCGCUGAAAGGCACAGCCAAUCACAUUGGCCAUAUUUGUCACAUGAGGUAGGACUCCAGUAGAGAACGUAAUUUAACUCUUUCUGCACCGCUGGGUGAAUGAGACGUUGACAGAUCGUUUUUUCUUUCUAUCGGGUUUGUUUUUCUUUACUCGAAGAGAUCAAAUUAUUUGUGGGGACAAUUCAAUAAUCGCUGGAUAUUGGUGGGGACAUGUCCCUUCCGUCCAUGCCAAAUCGACGCCCUUGGCUGUAAAUAAACUGUUUCACUGUUACCAGUGUGCAAAAACAUUCACUUCAUUAUCUGCUCUGUACAAACAUCAGCCUGAUCAUGCAGGACUGCACUUGUAGAGUUACUUUCUGGUGUGGAUCUGUUGGUGUUUUUUCAGCUGAUUUAAAAGUCUUCUCACACAGGUCACAUUUUAUCAGGAAUCUCAGUUCAUACUCCGAACACAAACGAUCCCACACUGUAAAUAAACUGUUUCACUGUUACCAAUGUGCAAAAACAUUCACUUCAUCAUCUGCUCUGUGCAAACAUCAGCCUGAUCAUGCAGGACUGAAAUCACUGGAUCACAAUGAAUCUGAAGAGAGAGAAAGAUCCUCUUCUGGCUUCAUGGUCGGACUUAAAAACCUUGAGAUCAGGCUCCACAGAGUUCAGCUGGAAUCUCCUGUAAAGAGUGUCAGCUGAUGUCACACUUGGAUCUGAUGAGGUAGCUCUGAUUUCUGGAGCUGCAGUGAAUAAUCCUGAAUGUUGCAUUUAGGAUGCUGCAUGUAUAGAUAUGUAUAUCAAGUUUAUGUUAUCCCUGUUACAUUUUGAUCUUUGUUACCUUAGGACACAGUAGUGUUUAGUAGUUGUACUUGUUACUGUAUUAUUAAAGUUAUAGGAAUGUCUUUUUUUUUACCAAACUAAUAAUGUAUCAGAAUUGCAGAUAUGGUUUUAUAUAUCAAUUUCUUUCAUUUGAACUUUCUUAGUGUAGUUCAAAAAAGUUCAAAAAAAGUGCCCCUCCGACAGCCAAACCCAUCUGUUCUCUGAUUGGAUUGUUACAUUUGUGAUUGACAUGAGAUUGACAUAUCAGAUGAAAGGAAGAAAAAUAGGGUCAAAAUCCAUACUUGUAACUUGCAGGGUUUUUUUGGCUAAGUCCACACACAAAUCUUUUUUUACACACACACAAAUCUUUUUUACACAUACAAAUCUUUUUUACGCACACACAAAUCUUUUUUACACAUACAAAUCUUUUUUACGCACACACAAAUUCUUUUUACACAUACAAAACUGAUUUACAAGUACAAAAUAUUUAUGACCACAUUUUGAGCCCAUAGGUAACAACUGAAAAUAUGAAAUAAACACACAUGUAAGCUAAGACUCUCUAAAGAAACAUUGUUGUUGUUCGGCUUUUCAUUUCGCCAUUUGUUGAUUGACUUGAAGAGCAAGUAACGUAAUAUGGGUCAAGUGAUCAGUUUGAUAUCAAUCUUUCGUGAUACACCGUCAUAUUUACAUUACUUGUACAGUACGAAUGAUUUGCUUUGGUACCUGGUCGAACUUAAGCUCUCCUCUGUCUGCCUGGCUGCGUUUCUCUCAGCGCACUCGCAGGCAGCAGCUGCCCCGCCCCCUCGCUCAGUCGCUUAGUGACUGAGCUCGGAUCAUACCAAUAUUAGGGGGGUUUUACGCACAGUCGUAAAGUCCCACAGUGUACACUAUGUGCUUCGAAUAUUGUGUGUAGUUUUUUGUUUUAUACAGUUGUCAGCCAGGGAUCUAACUAUGAAAAAAUUACACUCCAAAAGACCCCGGGCUUCUGAAAGAACAACCCGGGCUUAAGCCCAGUAAGCCACCCCCCUGCUCCGCCACUGAUCCUGCCACCAGUAGCGUUUUUUGAUACGGGCAACACGGGCGGUUGUGGCAUCGUGGUUGAGGGGGCAUUGUCACUGUCACUACCCGAUCCGUACCGGAAACCCGAUCGGUACCCCGCAUGCGCAAAUCUUACGUCACUUCCUCUGUUUGCCAACAUUGCGACAUUCAAUGGUCGUGUCCAAAUUCAUGGGCUGCCUCCUCCUGAGGACCCGGCCUUCGCGGUUUACGUGGGCCGGGUCCUCAGGACGUCGGGUAGGCCGGAUGUAAACGGCAGUGAAACGGUCUAGCCUUCUCCGAUCUACUCCCGCCAAUUCAGAGUAUUUCCGAUCGUCAGUGCCACAACGCGAAAAACGAAAAUGGACUCUGAAAUAUUGCUCCGUUUUUUAUGUAUAUUUUUAAUUAUCGACGAGCUAAAAAAAACUGUGUCGCCACCGUCAUCGCCGGCAUUUGUACUCCAGGCUCAUCAGAGAAAAUCGCAUCCAGGUAAAACUAUUAAUCUAGACGCAUUUACUUAGCUAGUUUUAUGGUUAAUUUCAGUGACUGAAUGACGGUGGUCAUUCAAAAUAUAUGAAAAAAAAUCUCUUAUGCCGGGCUCACACUGUGCGAUUUUUGGCCCAUUUUGAGCCGAUUUUUGAGUCGUGCGACCGAUUUGGCGAUCGGAAAGCUGCCUGAUCAAUGUUUUUCAUUAGCAAUUUAGCAAAGUUGAUGGUGGUGGUGCGUGUCUGUGUGAGUGAAAGACAGAGAGGGAGAGCGGGCGACAGCAUUUCUGUUAUAACCUUCAUUUUAUGGACGCACCGUGUGAGCACUCAGGUCGCACCAGAGCAUCGGAUUUGAGACCUGCAUCGUGACCUAUGAACUUUUAACCCCUGCGAGUCAAUCAUGCAGAUUGAGCAGGAGCUGAAUCGCGCGACUGAAAAAAUCGCACAGUGUGAGCCCGGCAUUAGAAAAUGUUCUUCUGUAAGUUUAAAUUUAUUUUCAAUUAUUCAUAUGAUCCUGUUACUUAUUUGUGUACAUAAAA